CAUAGUAUUGAAAACAUUGGUUCUGAAACAGGAGAGAAACCCUUAAGAAGAAGGUCUUUAGAAUAUUUUGGUUGACAGUCUUUUUCAUCUUGAAUAUGCAAGUAAUGAAAGGCAAAUACAUGUAUUCUAUAUCAGUCCAAGGAGUCCAAGGACUUAGUAAACUUAAUAAUUUUGCAAGUUAGGAUUUAUUCAUUGCACUUUGAGUUUAACUUUAACUUUAUGACAUCCCAUAAAUCCAACACUUAUAUCCGAACAAAUAGCAGAUAUUUGGCCUAUUUAAAGAUUCUCAGACAACAAAUAAUAAAACCCACGGCUAGGUAAUCAAACAUCUGCAGAGGCAACAGUUAUAAGCUGAGAUGGAGAUAUUAUAUACAGCACUUGCAACUAUAUGUGUGCUCCUCCUUGGUGUUUUACUUGACGGGAGGAUGAAAUACUGGAGAUACAGGCUCCCACCAGGCCCUACUGGCUGGCCUAUACUAGGGUGUCUGCCUAGUCUCACAGAAAACCUUCAUCUGGAUAUGGUUAAACUUGGACAGGAAUAUGGCAGUGUAUUCUCUGUAUACUUUGGCACAAGGUUAUCUAUCGUACUGAAUGGCAUAGAUGCAGUUAGAGAGGCAUAUGUGAAUAAGGGGCUGGUAUUUGCUGGAAGACCAGAUGAACCGCAUAUUAUAGAAUUGAAUCCCGAGAGAUCUGGUAUGUUAUAUAUGACAUACUCGGAAGCAUGGCGCGGUGAAAAGAAAGCAAUUGUACGUGCCCUCAAAGCAUUUGAUUAUGGAUCUGCAAGUCUAGAGUCAAAGAUCCUUCUUCAAAUUGACAUGAUGAAAGAGGAAAUAAACUUGGGACUUGGGAAACGUCAGGAUAUUUGUAAACUUGCAUCAUUUACAAUGUCAAAUACAAUGUCUUCUAUUUUGUUUGGGACGGAGUAUAAAUACAAUGAUGAAGAAUUUAACAAUUUUCUUAAAAAUUCUGCAAUCUUUGUCUAUCACCAUGCUCGCCUCAUGGGUGACUUGAACUACCUUCCCUUCCAACGCUUUCUACCAAAAACCAUAAAAAGAAUAGCACAAUGCAGAAAACCCUAUGAUAAAAUGAUGGAGUUCUUCCUCAAACACAUCAACCAUCACAAGGCGACAAAACAGGAUAAUAUCUGUCGAGACUUCACUGACGUAAUAAUCGAGGAAGCGAUUAAACAGAACAGUGCUUUGCCAGACUGGAAUGAUGAGAAAUUUUGCUACACGUUGGAUUCCCUAUUCGUUGACGCUGUGGAUACAUCUCCAGUACAAUUCCACUGGCUCCUACUCUAUGUGCAUUACUUUGAUAAUGUGGCUGAUAGAAUUCACAAUGAAAUUGAAGAGGUGAUUGGUGAGAGGCAGCCAGCUUUGAAAGAUAAAGACAGAAUGCCAUAUACAGAAGCUGUGAUCUUUGAAACAUUUCGCGUGUCAAGUGUUGUCCCACUAGCAACGACACACUGUGCUAUGGAGGAUACAAAACUGUUUGGAUAUGACAUCCCUGAGGGUGUUGAUGUAUUUGCUAACCUAUGGAAUGUUCACCAUGACCCAGAUGUAUGGGGUGAUCCAGAUGUCUUUAGGCCAGAGCGUUUCAUCAAAGAUGGGAAAUGUGUUCGGCAUGAAGCACUGAUUCCAUUCUCAAUGGGUCGGAGAGCAUGCAUAGGAGAACAACUGGCCAAAAAGCAGAUCUUUCUCCUUUUGACAAGUCUUCUACAGCAGUACAAGUUCCAUUUGGAUGACAAGCCAACCAGCUUAAAGGGGGAGUUUUCCAUUGCAUUAGUACCACCACCUUUCACAUUGAGGGUAGAACAGAGACUUGUUGAGUAGGAAAAUGAUAAAUGAUAUGACACUUUCUGGAAAUUAGUUACACAUUUUUUUAAACUUGUACGUGAACGUGUAGUAUUAUUGAAGUCUAUGGAUUAGUUCUCCCAUUUU